GGAGAGUAAUACGGUUAUUAGGGGAAGAGAUUAGGAAAGUUAAUUAACAAUAUAUAUACCUAAUACCUCCACCGCCCUACGGAGUACUUCCUUACUUCCUACUCCCUUAAUCCCUAAUUAGGAGCCUCAACAACCCUUCUGCCUUUCAAAUUCAAUAUUACGUCACGUAUUACGUAAAGGGGAAUUGAAUUGAAUGGCUGAACAAUUACUCCGGCAUUCAGUGAACAACGAUGACGACGACGAUGAUGUGGUUACGUUAUCUGUCACGCCGCCUAAAGCCAAUGACGUUGACGAAGGCGGCGGCGGAGGAGGAGGAGGAGGAGGGGGAAAGGCAGCGCGGUUGCCACGGUGGACGAGGCAAGAGAUUCUAGUAUUAAUACAGGGUAAACGGGUUGCUGAGAAUCGGGUAAGGAGGGGAAGAAGCGCGGCGGUGUGUGAAGGCGAAGGUCAACAACAACAACAACAACAACAAGUAGAACCAAAAUGGGCGACGGUGUCAUCCUAUUGCAAGCGACAUGGAGUAAACAGAGGACCCGUGCAGUGUAGAAAGAGAUGGAGUAAUUUAGCAGGUGAUUUUAAGAAGAUUAAGGAGUGGGAUUCUCAAAUAAAAGAUGAGUCUGAUUCAUUCUGGCUAAUGCGAAAUGACUUGAGGAGAGAGAAGAAGUUACCAGGAUUCUUCGAUAAAGAGGUUUUUGACAUACUGAAUUCAAACAACAACAACAACAAUAAUAAUUCAUCGGAUCAUCUGAAUCUGGAAGGUGAUGAAACACUAUUUGAUAGUGGUAGGACUGCGGCGGCUGAUGACGCUUUAUUCGCCGAAGAGAUUGAUACUCCAAUUUCUAUUUCUCCUAAUAAGGAAGUUGAAUUAAUAGUUGAUAAUUCUAUGAAGCUUGAGAUUGAUAACCCGCCAUUGCCAUUGCCAUUGCCAUUGCCCUUGCCCUUGCCCUUGCCCUUGCCCUUGCCCUUGCCCUUGCCCUUGCUGUCUACGACUAUUCCUACUACUCCUAUUCCGGCUACUACUCCUAUUCCGGCUCCUACUCCUAUUUCUGAGAAGCAGUAUCAGCCUCAGACUGCAGAAGCCACGGCUCCAGGAACAAGUAAUGAUGAGAAGGUGAACAUUGAAAUUGGAUCAACAUCUCAUGAGGGACGAAAGAGGAGACGGUUUAUGGAGGAAGAAGAAGAUGAUGAUGUUGGUGAGGGAAAAGGAGAGGGAGAGGGAGAGCGAGAGGGAGAGGGAGGUAGGUUUCAGCAGGAUGAAUUAACCCAAGUGUUAGAGAGGAAUGGUAGAAUCCUAAGUGCUCAAUUCGAUGCUUAUAACAUUAAUCUCAAAUUGGAUAGGGAAGAACGCAAAGAUCAUGCUACCAGUUUAGUUGCUGUUCUCGACAAGUUAGCUGAUUCUUUGGGAAGGAUUGCAGAUAAGUUAUAGCUACUUCAAUUCAAUGGCGACCAUUUUCUAUCAUAUUACGUGCAUGUACGAGAUCAUAUAUAUCUAUAUAUGUAAAUAACUGAAUUAUCAUCUCAGAUCGAUCUUUUACACUUCUAAGUUAAUUAAUUAAUUAUAAGUUGCCGAUAGAUGAUGGAUAUGAUUAUCGACCAGUAUAUCUACAGAGUACAUCAUCUUUUGAUUCAAAUAUAUCAAAUACACCCGGCCUCUUUUCUUAGUUAAUACUUAAUACAAUACUUUUCUAUCAAAAUUUAUUUGCAUGUCUUUCUGCUUCAUAUAGGUGUAUACCACUCACAACCUAAUUAACAUAUACCAAGUAUAACACAAUCACUAAAAAUCCUCUCUAGUUUUCCACUCAAACAAGGAAACCCCAGAAGCCUAAACCUAGCCGCCACCGUCGUAGGCUCGUUGGUGACCGAUUUCAAGGUUGCCGGCGAGACUGCCCAGCAAUUCAUCGGAUCUUCCACCCUUUACUCAACAGUAGUUCAACCGGAAGAGAAGAGAAAGAAGGAGCCAAGUUUUCGCCCACGAAAGCUUUCCCUCCUGUUAGUGUGCCGCUCUUCUUACCGGGGUUUUAUGUAAUCCGAUCAACAAUGAUUCACCAAUUCGUAUAGGGAGGUUAAUCAGGCAAGAUCAACAACUUGGGGCGUCUUUUCCGGAUUCACCCCGAACGCUGCCGCCGUAAGAUCGUCGAUAAAGGUAGAUUUUAGGUAGGGUGUCUAAUUUGGGAUUGGAAAUGCUAAAUUUGGUUUUGAUCUGUUUAUUGGGGGGUUUUUGGUUUUUUCAUAUCUCAAAUCUUUGCUAAUCGCCGCCAUCUCGUAGUGUAGGAUAACCCCGAUCUUGACGAUAAAGGUAAAGAUUAGUAGAGGGAUUAUAAUCGUCGCCGUCUCGUAGUGUCGUACAACCCCGAUCUUGACGGUAAAGGUAAAGAUUAGUAGAAGGUCUCUGUUUUGGGAUCGAAUUGACCAUUUUCGAUUUUGUUAGUUAUCAUACCUCUCUGCUUUGGUAUUUUUGUUGGUUUUAGGUUGUAGUUUUUCUCUUAGUUGUGCUUGGGUUAGUGGUCCAAGUUUAAGCAGUUGUUUUCAAUUACACGUGCUUGGUUUUAGUAGUCCAAGUUUUGGGUAUGUUUGUUCUGUUUUGGUUGAUUAACUUAGUAAUCUGCUUAGGAGUUGGUUGUUUUCCUGGUGUUUAUGUUGGUUUAUAUGCUUCCUUGGUGUGGAUGCAAGUGGGCUUCUUGUUUGAUUGUCCAUUGUGGGUGCAUCCGUUUACAAAGUUUUUAGGUGAAGUAAUUUUGGGUGCAAGCCCUAUGAAUAGAGUGGUCAAGGGAAGAGAUGCCCGACAUUUCCCCAAUGUCCGAUGUCUUUGUUUUUGGGAAGUUAUUGUCCUGGAUGUUGUCAAAGAUGACAACAGUAGCCUUGUUAGUGGUUUUGAUGGGGUUUAUGGGGGUCUAUUUUAUGUAGGUCUUCUAUUUCUAGGUGUGGGACUAUGUUGGGGGGAAGUUCGGUUUUCACGGGAUUUGAGUGUUUGUUCCGAUUUGGUUAAUCGGAGGUCAUUGGGACUGACUGUUAAGUCUCAGUUUAGGUUUGCGAUGAGUUUCCUUCUCAUUGCAUUCAAAUUUCAUAUAUAAGCGUUCCUCCCCAUUUUUUGAGGUUCAUAGUAUGCAACUUGAUUGUUUUUUCCCCUUUAAAGGGAGGUUUCGUAGUUUGUUGCCCCGUGAUGUUACUUUUCUUCUGUGUCUUGCAUUAUCUUUUGAGUGCCACAUGUUAUUGAGGAUCAUCUCAGUUUUUUUCACCCAAGCUUCACCCUUUGUGGAAAAGGAAAAUUGGGAAGCAUGUGUAGUGUAGGUUUUGGCACGCAAAGUUCAAAGUUGUGCUACCUACAUCAAGAGUCCAACUGCCAAGGGCCAACUCGGAGAGCGAUUACUUUAAGUUUGUCAUUUCAAGUUUUUGAUGUAAGAGCAACUAGUGGUCAGGUUGUUAAUGUAGUUCAUGUAAAGGUAUAUAAAGGCCUUAGCUUGUAGUGUUGUAAAACUCUUUCUUUCAUGUAUGAUUAAGCCUAUGUCAAAAAAUAUAGGUUAUAUACCGUAUACCGUACAUAUAAUGAAGCACACCGUACCAAUA